ACAACCACGUGACUGCACAUAGUCUAUCACAUCUAGACUGUCCGAUCUUGGUCGGACGGUUCAAAUGUGACCAACUCAUUGCAGUCACACUACACACAGUCCAAAUCCUUAUUUAUAAUAAAGCUCUCAAGCUUAUUUUGGUAACCAACAAAUGACCAUGGUCAUGGAUGAAUUCCUAUUCAAAACUCUCAUUGCAAGCAUUCUCUCCCUGUUAAUUGGAAUCUUGAUAUAUCACUUAAAGAAAACACAUGGUCAUCGCCACAAAACUGCACCUCAAGCAGGAGGUGCAUGGCCUAUUAUUGGCCAUUUGCACCUCUUUGGAAGUAAGCAACUUACACACAAAACACUUGGUAUGAUGGCUGACAAACAUGGACCAAUUUUCACAAUCAAACUUGGUUCAUACAAAGUUCUUGUACUAAGUAGCAGUGAAAUGGCCAAAGAAUGUUUUACUCUCCACGACAAAACAUUUUCCACUAGACCCUUAGUUGCAGCCUCAAAAUUAAUGGGUUACAACUAUGCUAUGUUUGGUUUCACUCCUUAUGGUCCUUAUUGGCGUGAGAUAAGGAAAUUAGCUACACUUGAGCUUCUUUCGAAUCACCGACUCGAACUGUUGAAGGACACAAGAGUAUCUGAGAUAGAAGCUGCAGUAAGUGAGCUUUAUAGGUUAUGGUCGAUAAAGGGUUGUCCAAAAGAAGGUGUUUUGGUUGAUAUGAAGCAGUGGUUUGGUGAUUUGACACAAAAUAUUGCUCUGAGAAUGGUGGGAGGGAAGACAUACUAUGGUGCUGGUGAAGGUGAAGCUAGGAGGUAUAAGGAAGCUAUGAGAGAUUGGGUGUGUUUGUUUGGUAUGUUUGUGGUCUCUGAUGCAAUUCCAUUUUUGGGUUGGUUAGAUAUUGAUGGUCAUGAGAAGGCCAUGAAGAAAACUGCUAAGAAACUGGACACUCUGGUUGAAGGAUGGCUGGAGGAACACAAAAAGAAAAGAGCUUUAGGUAACAGUCGAAAGGAAGAACAGGAUUUCAUGGAUGUCAUGUUGAAUGUUCUGCAGGAUUCAGAGAUUUGUGGUUAUGAUUCAGAUACAAUCAUCAAGGCUACUUGCCUGAAUCUGAUUUUAGCAGGAAGUGACACCACCAUGGUGACCCUAACAUGGGCACUAUCCCUCCUACUCAAUCAUCAAAUGGAACUUAAUAAAGUACAGGAUGAGUUAAACACUCAUAUUGGGAAGGACAGGAAGGUGGACGAAUCUGACAUAAAGAACUUGGUCUACCUCCAAGCCGUUGUCAAGGAAACAUUGCGCCUAUAUCCACCAAGUCCAAUAAUCACCUUGCAUGCAGCGAUGAAUGACUGCACUUUUUCAUGUGGUUAUCACAUUCCUGCUGGUACACAGUUGAUAGUGAAUGUAUGGAAGAUCCACCGUGAUGCUCGUGUUUGGACUGAUCCUCAUGAUUUUAAGCCCGGGAGGUUCUUGACAAGUCACAGAGAUGUCGAUGUCAGAAGUCCGAACUAUGAGCUCGUCCCUUUUGGUUCUGGAAGGAGAGUAUGCCCUGGGGCUUCAUUGGCUCUGAGAGUGGUGCAAUUGACAUUGGCUAGAUUGCUACACUCUUUCAAUGUUGUUUCCCCUUCAAAUCAAUCUGUAGACAUGACAGGAAGCCCUGGACUCACUAAUUUAAAAGCAACCCCGCUUGAAGUUGUCCUUACUCCACGUCUAGAUACCAACCUCUACGAGAACUAGAUUAUAAAUGAAGGUAUCCAUUAAGUAGAUGUGAUCUCAACUCAUUAUAUUAGGCUUGUUUUCCCUAAAUAACGGCAACAAUCUAUAGGUUGCAAUGAGACGUUUGAUGGAGCUAUGAUGUAUUAUAAAAGUUGAUAUUUGAUGCAAUAU